CAGGCCAGCAGAUGAAGUUGAAUCAUCAGUGCAGUUGUGUACCCAUGAGACCAUGUCCAUAACUGAUGAUAAAGAGUCACAACUCUGCUUCUCAGUGAACAAGAAUGUCUCCACCCCCGCCACAGAAGAACAUGCUGAUGAAGGAAUGGCACAGGGGAAACUGGUUGAGCAAAAAGAUCACCUUGACAAGGACGAUAAAGUACUACAGGGAGAUAACUCCAAAGAUAGCUCGGCCAUUCAUUCUGAGUAUGUAUCUGAUUCUCACCAAUAUGAGGGGUCAUCAAGGGUAUUUAACUUGAAAUGCCGCAAGAGUUCAAAAUCUGAAAUACUGACUGAUCAGGUUGCUGGCCACAAUUUUGUUGGUUCAGAAGUUGAAGUGACCCCCAUUGAAAGAGCAUCCCAGGAGAAUCAUGAUAGAUCGGUUAAGAGACAUGGUUCCAUGUCUGCUACUGUUUUUGGCCCUUCAACUCCUAAUUUAGAAUUGUCAGAGAUGAAAGUUAACAGCACCGAGCUAGAUUAUCAUAGAAGUAAUCCCCUGCCGCAUGAUUUGGAUGAUUCUGCGCGUAGUUCGAGGGAAAAGCUGGUCUGUGGCCACAAGGAACCAUGGUUAGCUGAGGUGUGCAACAGUGCAAGCAGCAAGAAAGGAAGAGAUCUUCCCCCUUGCGCCGAGUCCACGGGAGAAGGUAAUUCUUCAGAAAAAGAAGCAAUGGCGCGCAGAGUUAAGGGAAAGGAGCUAUGGACAGCCAAGGUGUGCAACGGUGAAAUAAGAAGCAGGGGAACUGAUCACCCACCUCGUGCCGAGUCUACAAAACAAUAUAAUCCUUCAGAAAAAGAAAUGACGGCACACGAAGUUGUGGAAAAGGAGCCAUGGACAGGAAGAAUAUGCAAGAGCGAAAGAAGCAGCAUCAAAGGAUUUGAUCAUCCACUUUGUGCCGGCUCCAUGAGAGCAGGUAAUUCCUCAGAAGCGAGACAAAGCACAAGAACAGUCACAUUGGUCGAUAUGGAUGGAACCAAAUGGGAAAUGCAAUUGGACGACUCUUUCGAGCUCGGUCCGCAAGAAAGCAGCAGUUUCACCUGGUCAGAAAAGGAAAACAGCAGUUCAGAUGCUAAAGAAUUCCAGAGUCCUUUGGCGAAACCCCGUCAGAAUGCUGAAGAACGUCCACAGGAUGCUCAGAAUGGAGGAACUAGGGCACCGACCGAGAGGAGCAAUCUUCUGCGACAUGGUUCCUUCAAGACCCCAGCAUCCAGCGAUCGAAUGGGAUCGAAGCAUGCAGGGGCCACAUCAGCUGAUGGCGCUGAAGGGGCUUGGGACAAAAGAAGGCAACCGAGGCAGGUGGUUAGGAAAAUACCGAAUAGCAGGGCAGCGAAGAUAUAUGGCUACAGGUAGGCUGAAGGUGAAGGCAGUGCUUGAGUUAAGAUGUUGCUGAAAGCUGGGUCGCAGGUGAAGAAAACCUACCCAGCAGGACUGCAGGAGGACAUUGCAUUUUGGCUUGGAAACCAUCUAACUAGACUGAAUGGCCAUGGACGUUUAUGGCUUUGCUUUAUGCACUUGAGACUGCAAUUCUACUUCACGUAUGUAUGUAAUGUGAAUGAUCCAUUCAUCGUGUCGAACCUGAAAC